UCAGUCGAGUUGCGGCGGCCGUACCUGUCGCAACACAAUAAUGCAUCGUACCAUAACAAACUGAAACCGGUUGUCCUUUUUCGCAUCUUUCGCUGCUUCGCGUUCUCAUUUACCUUAACCUUGUUCCGUGCUUGCAUCGUGUGGCUUACAUAUUUUUUUUCUUUUUGACACACCACUUUCAGGUGAAUUCUUCAUCUUUCUUUGUCUGUUUUCUCAUCUCAUUCUUCGGUGUGUACAGAAGUGACCCGCCAGAAUGUCGCACGAUAAUUUGGGAUUUACCUCGAGUACGGAUACUUUGGAUACCAACAGAUGGUCGUCUUCUAGGAGCAAUCAAAAUGGUUACGAUCCAAGCCACAACAAGUCCAAUAUCUACGUGUUGGAACUGGAGGAGAAGAAAAAGAGCGUGCAGGAGUACGAGGAGGAUUACAAUCCAUACGAGCACAGGAUGGUCGCUCAUCCAACCACGAGCUUCGAGACGUUGCUGCAUCUGCUUAAAGGCAGCUUAGGAACCGGAAUACUCGCGAUGCCAAGGGCUUUCUACCACGCUGGCUACGGUAUUGGCACGGUCGCGACCAUAAUCAUAGGUUUAUUCUGUACUUACUGUAUGCGGAUACUCGUCAGCUCCGAGUACGAGCUUUGCAAGAGGAAGAGGGUGGCUUCGUUGUCUUAUCCGGCUACGGCAGAGGCUGCGCUGGCCGUUGGUCCAUUGCCGUUCAGGCGAUUCUCAAGGGCGUCCGUUCACACGAUAAACCUAUUCCUUAUGGUAUAUCAAUUGGGAACUUGCUGCGUCUAUACCGUAUUCAUCGCAACGAAUUUGAAAAUGGCAUUGAAAACGUAUGUUUCAGAUAUCGAUCUCAGGCUGUACAUGCUAGCAAUCUUGCUGCCCCUGAUCUUGGUCAAUUGGAUCAGAAAUCUAAAAUUCUUGGCGCCGUGUUCCACGGUCGCUAAUUUCAUUACGUUCAUCGGUUUUGGCAUAAUAUUGUACUAUAUAUUUAGGGAACCUUUAUCAUUUGAAAAUCGCGAUGUGAUCGGGAACGUUGAAAACUUUCCCCUUUACUUUGGCACCGUGCUGUUCGCUCUCGAGGCUAUUGGCGUGAUCAUGCCACUGGAGAACGAAAUGAAGAAGCCAAAGGUGUUCAUGAAGACUUUUGGCGUGUUGAACAUAGGGAUGGGCGUGAUAGUUGCCCUUUACACAGGGAUGGGUUUCUUCGGCUACAUUCGUUACGGCGGCGCCAUCGAGGGUAGCAUCACCUUCAGUUUGGGGGAACCACUUGCUCUGGCCAAUGCUGUUCAAAUCUUGCUGGCCAUAGCCAUCUUUUUCACCCAUCCUAUCCAGUGCUACGUCGCGAUCGACAUCAUUUGGAACGAGUAUAUCGCCCCAAAUCUCGAGAAGAAUUCGCACAAAUUAUUGUGGGAAUACGUCGUGAGGACCAGCCUCGUCCUUCUCACGUUCCUGUUGGCCGUGGCGAUCCCCCAAUUGGACCUCUUCAUAUCGCUGUUCGGUGCCCUGUGUCUCUCCGGCCUGGGAUUGGCGUUCCCCGCGAUCAUCCAGAUCUGCACAUUUUGGACGGUGUGCGACAGAACGGAGAGGUCAAUAAUGGUCGCGAAGAACAUGUCUUUGGUACUUUUCGGGAUUCUCGGUCUGAUAGUUGGCACCUACACCAGCCUUCGUGACAUCAUCAAGACCUUCUCAUGAACCGUGCACCUUGGAGGUGGUGUACUGAAAGGGUCGAUGAGGGGAGAGCGAUGCGUGACGGGCAACAAGAAAGGGAGGAGGAGCAAGGAGAAGAGAAAGGGAGAAGGAAGGAGGGACGGAGAGGGGAAAUGGAGGGAUUCGUUCGUGACGAGAGAGGGAGGAAAUGUGAUAGUGAAGUUUAGCCGUUUAAUCGAACUUUAAGCGAUCUAUCUAUUGGACUGAGUUUGGAAAUGAGUCUAAACCAGCCACGUUUCGAAUCUUAUUUUAUUCUCGUCGAUGGAGAACACGUUUGUUUUCCUCUCCUUCCGUAUUUAAAAGAAAAAGAGAGAAAAAAAAAAAAGAAUAAAGAAAUAAUGAUGAUAUAUGCGUUGAUCGCGUGAUUAAAUAGUCGGAAUAUAAUAGUUCGUAAGUGGAAAAAGAUAGAAAAAGGGCGACGCCUGGUGUGUCUGAUUCGACGAUACAUUUGUGUUCGAGAUACGACUUAUUGUAAAAUAUAAAUAUCGAGUAGUAGUAUAUCGUCUGACAAAAAACUUUUUUUUUUUUUUUUUUUUUUUUUUUUUUAAUCGUUUUCGUUUAUUACUAACCGUGCCUCCGACCACUGAUCACGGAAUUUCUUAUUCGAAGACACGAGCGAUAUUUCGAUAUACGAUCGAUCGGUUAGAGAUUAUAUAUAGAUCGCGGGUAAAAUUUUGUUGUAUUUAUGAUACAUGGAGGAGGCAGACUCGAGAAGUGCAGCUCGACCUUUUUUAACCCCUUAACGUAUACGUAUGUAUUAAUUAUGAUCGACGGUCGGUAAUUUGGCAAAAAUUAAUUAAUUUUUGGCAAUUACGAUUUCUGGGCUGGUGUGAUAAAUGCAUCGCGUUGUAACACAGUUACAUGUUUUUAAAAAGUUGAAAUCUAUCGUUCGAGCGAUAAGAUUAUCAAAAAAAAAUCUAUUGUAUAUUGUGGCAUAAGUACAGUUAGUUAUUGCUUUUAAUAACUAAAUUUGAUACAAUAUACAUUGAUUAUUAUUUUUUUAAAAUCAUCUAUCAUCUCUCUCGUGAUACACGAUAUGCAUUGGUUGAUUAUUAUUAUUAUUUUUUUUUUUUUUGUAAAAAAAAGAAGCUAAAAUUUCUCAUAUAUCUAUAUGUUGGUAUUAGCAGUAUUGAUGAACGUCAUACGCAAUGAUGGUUCAUCAUAUAGUAAAAUUGUAAAAUGGAUUAAAUCGAUGAAACAUCAAUAGUCGAACAUCAAUAGAUUCUUGUACGUUAAGUGGUUAUAAAAAACGAUUAUUUAAACGAUUAAGUUGAUGUGUUCUGACCGUUAUAAUUCUCAUCUAAACGUAAGGAUCGAUGACUGAAAAAUGAAAUGUGUUCUUGUGACAUUUUGAGAAAAUUUCGGCAUGCAACAUCAUUUCAUUUUUUAUUCAAGACUAUCAUUUUCUUCAAAGCGACAUUGUAAAUUUGUAAUAAUAACAAUAACAAUAACAAUAACAAUAAUAAUAAUAAUAAUAAUAAUAAUAAUAAUAAUAAUAAUAAUAAUAAUGUCAGAAAUAUCAUUCCGUCCAUGGUUCUUUGUUGCGAUGACAAAGGAUGCAUGCAUGAAAUUGUUUCUGAAAUAUAAUUGGUCAAUCGAUUAAUUGGCGAGGAAACAAGGAAUGAUAUUUCAAUGGAAUUUUUUUUUUUUUUUUAUAUAGACGAUACAUAUGUAUAUAACUGAAUAUAGAGAAUAUUGUGGAUUAGGAUGAUCAUGAAAUUUGAUACGGACGAUGAUGUACAAAAAAAAAAAAAAAAAGGAAAAAAAAAAGAAAAAGAGAAAGUUGUAAUAAUAAGGAAAUAAUAAUGAAUAUCGCGAAAGAACGAAAUCUCUCGGUUUUUAAUUAUGUAAUAUUAUUAAAUUAUUUAUUUGCGUAUGAUAAAAAAAAAUAUUAAUCUGGAACACGUUAUUUUCUUUUUUUCUCUUCUUUUUAUAUUACAUAACUAAGCAGGGUAACGUAUAAAAUACGUCUUCCUUCGUAAAAAACUAAAUAAAGUUAAAUCGUCGAAGAUUAAUAUAUAAAUUAUAGUAAACGGAUUAUAAAGAAAAAGAAAAACCCUCUUGUUUUUUUUUUUUUUUUUUUAUCUACUUUACUGCAGAAGAUAUUAUGAUUUGUAGCCAUGAAAUAAAAUUUCUUGUGACAAU